AUGAGCCUGCAGAUAUCAGGAGAUGCGAAGGGGAGGGCGGAGGACGAGAUUUGUGCCUGCCGUGAAAGGGCCGCUGGGGUCGCCCGCGACACAGAUCUCAGACGCUUUGAGCUUCACCACAGCGCUGCGACGCGCCGCAAGACGUCCGCAAACCGCAGACGAGUCGAAGCAACAUCCGAGUCAGGUGCCUCGUCUCAACCUGCCCGGCAGCUGGUAGACCUUCUGGAAGCAUGCGCCUUGCAGCAAUCGCGCGCGGAGAGCGGACUCCACUCCGCGCGUGCAGCAACGGCGUUGCACAGCCUUGCCGCACCCACGGCUGUCAAAAAGAGCCCGCAAGAGCCCGCAAGAGGGCGGAAAACAGCGGGCGGGCCCCGAAGUAGGUGUCGCAUCGUCGUUACUAGCCACCGGGACAAGUCUGGAGACGUCUGA